UUAUUUUUUAGAGGCAGAUGCAGCAAAAAAGCAAAAAGGUCGGUGGUCGUCGUUUGUGAUAAAAACAACGCCAAACAAAGAGAAGUGCCAAAUUAAGAUCCGUGAGCAAUAUAGACACACAUUGUUGCAAAAUAUAAAUAAAAUUCUCUCGAAAUCCCAUUUGCCAAACCAACCAGUGAAAGUGAAAACAUUCUAAAAUCAGUGCGCUUCUAGAAACAACAACCAACAAUUGCAAUAAAAAUCAAAGUGAAUCACUUCGAACUAUCACUUGACUAUAGAAUACAUUAAAGAAGAACUAGAAUUACUAAUAUGUUUGUGAUCAGGUGUUUGGCGGCGCUAGCGGUGCUUAUAUGCACGGCCGCAGCAGCUAAAACAACGGAUCUUGAUUUAAGUAAUCUUAGCAACAUUAAUAUGAAUGACUUGCAAAGCCAGCUACCAGGUGAAUUACCAAAAACCAAUCUAACAUUGGACGAUGCUAAAACCUUGAUCAAGGACAAGUGCAUUAAGCAGGCUGGCGAGGAAAAUGGUACCAAAGCCUUCAAUGAAAUCGAAACGGCAACGAUGACCUUGGCCGAAUGUGUGAACGGCAUAAUAAAUUAUACUGCCAUUCAGGAAGAAAUCACAAUUGCUUCCCCCAAUGGCGAUUUGGAUAUGGUUUUCAACAAAUAUUGUUUAAAACGGCCCGAGGCCAUGGCUUGUGUUGAGGCUUUUAAUUCCAAAUUGACCCCCUGUUUGGAUGAUGAAGAACGCGAGAGCCAGGAUGUUUUCAUGCGCAUCAUCAAAAGUCUCUUGAAUUUUGUGUGUCACAAGGGUGGCGAUCAAAUCGCUCUUUUCAUUGCCGAAAAGGGACCCGAAUGUUUGGAAGCCAACAAGGAAGGCAUACAGAAUUGUAUCAACAGUACUUUUUCCGGCUAUUUACCCGCUGAAGGCAUUGACAAUGUAAAGACCCUGCCGAAGCUGGUUAUGGGUGCCCAACAAUGCGAAGAUAUCGAACAACUGGAAACAUGUAUUGUUCGAAAAUUGGAAACCUGCAAUGACACGACACCAGCCAACAUUGCCGAAUCUAUGUUCCGUUUCAUUAAGAACGAGACCAUUUGUCGCACAGCCAAAGCCCACAAGCAGACAGGCAACAGCGGCGCUCACAAUGCUGGUACUUUAAGUCUACAAGCAAUUUUCCUACUAUUGUUCGUACAGUUAGUAACGUACUUGAAACGUAAGCAAAUUGUCGUCUAAAAUGUAGGUUUAUUUGCCUUUUAUGUUUUUUUUUUCUAGCUGACAAAAGUGUGUACUCAUUUCAUUUCAUUCUUUCGUAAUAUCAGGGUUAAAUUCCGGUUAAAAUGUAGUUAAUGAAAAUAAAAAUAGAACGAACGAGCAAUUAUAAAAGGUAUAGGUAUAAGCUAGCUAGAGGGGUAGUAUACAGAAAAGCUAUGGUUCUAGCAUAAUAAUAUAGAUUAAGAGACAAUUAUGCAUGACAUCUACGAUAUUGAUCCCACCAGACACGAGUGACAAGGCUAAAUUUUGUAAAUUCGCUAAACUAAAGGAUAGGUAUUCCGCUUGUGGCGGCAAUAUUCGUAUAGAAAUAGGAAUUUCUCUUGAACCUGACCAAAAAAUCUCUUACUUUAAAUACUAAAUCUCUCUCGCCAGUAACAUAACUUGGGCCUUGUUAAAACGCAUUAUAAUAAAAUAAGCAAUGCAACAAAAGAAUCUCAAUUCCUUAUCGAAUAACAUUUUGGUGGACCAUAAAAAAAUACAAAUUAAAACCACAUCACACAUACAAUUCCAAAAUUUUGAAUUUAAUUAAAAAAACAAUUUAAAUAUAGACCUUGCACCUUGCCUAUGAAUUUGAAUUUGUGUGUAUUUUGACGAGCCAUAGCGUUAUUGUUAGUGAGUGUUCCCCUCUUCCCCUUUUUGGUCGCAUUAAAGUAAUAAUAAUUAUAGUACAUAGAUGAAUAAGUAUCAAAGUUUACUUAAUUUAAACAAAACAAAAAAGCAUGAGCUAAAUUUAUGAUAAAAAAAAAUCAAAUAUAUUCAAUUCUAUUUUACAACAAUAAUGCUGUAAACAAAUAAAUAAUUACUAUUACGUGAACAUAGUUACUAUCUGCAAUAAUAACUGAAUAAUUUCCAUUAGUCUUCUUUGAGAAUCUUAUAUUUAAGCUAACGACAAAUCGAAUUGUUUUUUUUUUUUGUAUGGAAAAAUAUGAAAUCUCAUUAUCUGAACUCAAUUUAUAUAUAUAAAUUAAUUAUUUUGAAUUUUUUAUAACAAAUAAAUAACAAUUGGAAAUGACUAAUAUAAGCUGAUAACAGUAACUGAGAAUGUGAACAGAUUUUUUUUUUUCAUAUUAUUGUUUAAGAGUACAUAGACGCCAGAUUUUUUCUUUGUAUUCAUCUUGAGCGUUUUGUAGGUAUACAUUAUUUUCUUUUGAAAUUAAAAAUGAUAUUUCUCCUCUAUUGUUUUCUAUAUAAAUUGAAAAUACAACUAUGAAUAUUAAAUAAAAUGUAUGAUGAAACAAUUAAA